AUGGACAACACGUUUAACGAACUAGAGUUACCAAUCAUCCAAGAGGUAACUAGAGAUCUAUUCACAGAUCUUGUCCUAGAUCCUAGCAAGGAGUUUGAUGUCAGUGAAUUCCUUUUACAGAAUAAUUUCCAAUACGUCUCAUUAGAUGAUUUAUCGAAGCAGAUGAAACGUUUAAAGUCGGAUAUUAAUGCAGCAUUGGUGGAUGAAGUAAGUAACAGUUAUACAGAGCAUUUAUCUCUAUGCGACAGCUUCAGCGCUGAAGACCAAAGUCUGGUCCUUUCAAAUGCUCAACAGGCACAGCAGGAUAUAUCAAGAUUUCAGUUCAAGUUAAAGCAGCUACUUGAAAACGAUAUUCAGACCACUUCGGAAACUAUAACCGAUACUCUAGAAUACCUUAAGUCCCUAGAUUCUUUACAGCUUUGUUUGCAAAAGCAUACCACACUGCAUGAGCACUUCCAAAUUGCAAGAAAGCUAUGUACAGCCCUAGAAGGGCUGAGUUCUGAUAUUUCAAGUACCAGUGACCAUUUGGGAGGAGAGUUACUCAGAGAAGCACAUAACCACCUCAAUUCUGCAUACGAGGUUUUACAAGACAUUCAAGGUACAAAAUCGCCACUGGUGGCUAGAUUUUGGAAUGAAUAUCAUAGCCUGUUGAACCAGUUCCAUGAUGUUAUAUCUUUAUUAGCGGAAAAAUGCUGUGAGAAUUCCACAAUACUCCCUAAUAUUACCCAAAACCUACUUGAUAUGACAAGUAAGAGUUGA